AUCUAGUCUAGAUCGGAGAUCGGAUUAUCUUAAUAAGAGGAAUAUCAUUUGAUGACUGGCUAAGUAAUUGAAAUAAAUAGAAUAAUAUGUUUGUAACUUCAUGGAACACUUUCAUGCCACCGUCAGAUCAAAAAUGUAGUGUUUAAGUUCAAAUCAAACUUUUACUUCAAAUUAUUAGAUUGAAAUAAGUUAAUUUUUCAUAUUUAUUGAGGUUAUGACUUAUAUACAGUACAUCCAUGCUGUGUGUCUGUGUGUGUGUGUUUUGGUUGUUUCAUCAAAGACAUGAGACAUAACAUAGGGCCUAGCUAGGCCUAGCCUAAACAAAAUGAAUAACUUGCACUGACUUAGCAGUAUUUUUUUCAAAUCUUUGUUUCAGCUCAGGCUACAGUAGGACUACAGAAUGGCUGAAAAAAACACCAUCUGCAAAGAAUUUAGUAUCUCCACAUCUUGGUCCAUACAAAGUGAAAAUAAAGAACUAAAAAAUAGUGUUACAUUCAACACUGCAAGUGAAAGUGCACAGUUUGAUGAUGUUGUUCAGCUGGAAACAUGCAUUCGCCUGGUUCAAGAAAACAACGAGCCCUGUGCUAUUAGAAUUUCUCUUCAUGAAUCUUCAUCGGAGUUUAUUAAACAAUUGACCAUUGUUUCUGAGGCAAGGAUUGUGGAGCUCUAUGGUAACUGUGAAGAGUAUUUGUCAACGUACACAGCUGAAUAUGUUGAUGAUUUUGAAGACUGUGCAGUCUAUAUGGUGGAAUGCAAAAUAAAACCAACCAAAGAACUAUUGAUCAAGUUUCAGAAGGCUAAACGCCCAGCCAGUCUGUGGUUGUAUGGAAUAAACCUGACAAUCAGCCCCGAAAACAUUGCUCUUUCUCCUCUAUCAAGCAUCAACUUCCAGGCUGUGGACGAUAUGCUGAAAGACACCCCCCUUUCGGAGAAUGCAGAAAAGUGCAAGAACUUUCUACAAACUCAUUUUAGCACUAAAAAUCACAACCAACCAUUUCCCAUUGACAAAUUGACUUUAUCAAACAUUUUAAUGAAGAGGUUUGAGACAGUGUAUCGCAAUCCCCAAAGUGAAAUAGGUAGAAAUAUGUCAAAAUACUUUUCUGUCUGCGAACCUUCCAGUCAUCAAGGAAGCUCUGAUACAUGUCAUGUUCAAGUUAGUGGAGGAACUAAUUCUGAAGGCGGAGCUGAUAUCAGUUUGGAUAAAAACCUGUGUUCAAGUGAAUGUAGGUUAUUAAAAAUGUACAUUGACAAGCGCUUCUCAGAUCUAGAGAGCAAGCUUGACAAAUUUGUAAAUAAUAUAAAAGAACUGGAAAUAAGACAAAAUAAAAAACUUGAUUCUAUCAUAGAUUUACUAACUAAGAAAAACAGCUAACUAAUAAGUUAUAGCAUAUCUGUUGGUUGGUAGGCUAUUUAUUGCCCAACAUGUCACGAUUUACGUAAAGAUCUUCAAUUAUUAUUGGCGAUGAUUCAAUUAAUUUGGAAUUUAAUUUACUGUAGCAAAUAACAAUCAGCCUAUGACUGGUUAAAAAGUAAUUAUUAUUACAUGUUAAUUCCUUGUCUGGUAGAAUUAUAUUUUUCAUUUAAUCCA